AUGACAGUCCGUGUGCCUGGGGGCCCCUCAAGGGCCCCCAAGGGGGCCCCCCAUUUCGAUAGAGAUAAAAACAGAGACAGCAGCGAUGAAGAGAUAAGCUCAGGCAGCAGCAGCGGGGGAGAGAGAGAAACAGAAAAAAAAAGAAAAAACAAAAGGCUGCAGCUGGACGAGGAUUUGCUGCAGCGUGUACGCAGUGUACACACACAGCAGCAGCAGCAGCAGCAGCAGCAGCAGCAGCAGCAGCAGAGGAAGAAGCAGAAGAAAAAGGGGCAGGGACUGAUGCUACUAGAUACAGGGGAGGGAGAAGAGCAGCAGCAGCAGCAGCAGCAGCAGCAGCAGAAAGCGCAGCAGCUGAAGCUGCAGCAGCAGCUGCAUGCAAAACUCAUCGGGUUGCGGGAUUUCUAUGUGGAGCUGCUGAAGGCCUCGGUAGCGGCAGGAGAAGGACAGGUGGAGGCUUCAACACUUACGCGGGAGACGGCUCUACUAAAAGCCAAAAGGAAAGCCAGCGGAAAAACUGUGGAUCGCCGGGCAUCGAAGGGCCGCAAAAUUCGCUACAAGCCGAUCCCCCAACUGGAGAGUUUUGCUACAGCCAUCCCCUGGGCGCCCAACACAGAGGUGCUGCCGGGGGCUGACGACCCGCUGGUGGUGGAGGGUUUAAUGAAGAACCUCUUUGCAGCUAGCUAG